CCCUGCGCUUCCGGAGGCGGAUUAUCCUCCUCAUCUCUACACCAAGUCCUCAGCCAGGCGGUCAGGAAGGAACAGCUUUGACUCGCCUCCUGGGAAAACCUUUUUUUUUUUUUUCUUUUCCAGAAGCAGAGACGGCUGCCUGACGCAGAGAAAUGGAUAUUUGCGCCUCACAUGGUCCUGACUGAGUAAAACGCAGAAACGGACACUGAUAAGCCGCUUGUGUAGAAUGUGACAGCUGCCACCGGGCAUCCAUCUCGCCGGGGGGACACCGUACAACGCUCGUUUCGCUCCUCUCUUUAUUUUUCCAGCAUCAUGGUGACACACAGGGCGAUUUUAACUUUUAUUGCGGCGGCGCUGUGGCGCGCCGGCGGCGAGCCUCUCGUAAUAACUCCUUCAUCCGCGACGCAGCUCAACUCCACAUCCUCCAUCCGGAGCCCGGGCCAGGACUCUCCGGCCGGGAAUGCGACCGAGGCCGCCGUGGGGUCCCGGAUCUCAUCCGUCAUGACGCAUCUGCCGACUCUGAAAAACAUUGUUAUUGUGGUGUGCGCGUUAACAGCCGCGCUCAUCACCUUCCUGGUCAUCAAAGUGAUCAGGUCUGGCAGACGGAUCAGGAAAACUCGGAAGUAUGAUAUAAUAACCACUCCUGCUGAGCGGGUGGAGAUGGCCCCUCUGAAUGAAGAGAACGACGACGAGGAUGACUCAACGCUGUUCGAUGUCAAGUACAGGUGAAUCCCAGCGUGGACGUCAGUGUUCGAUCGCUCCUGUUAAGCCCCCCCCCCCAUCCGGGACCACUCAAGUGAUUGAUAUUUUUUUCUCCCUCUGUUUCUGUGUUGCCAAGUCUUACCACAUCGGCGUCCCAUGCCUGUGAUCGUCAUUAUUAGCUGCUUUGCUGAUGUUUCUCAAAGAGCAUUUCUGGUUUGAUUUCUGCUCCAGUUUAAAAACGAGUUCAAACAUUUUCUGAAAAAUCACCCUUUAAUUCUUCUCUUACACUUGAGCUGUUGUAAACAUCAUGAUGGGCUGAGGAGAUUGUAAUAUUAACCAACGUCUGCUUUAAAGAAAGGUUAUUUUAACUUUCUAGUGCAGUUUCUUGAAUCUAACAUCUAUAAAUAACUACAUUGUGGCCACAACGGACUGUCAUGCAACAGACACCGAGAAGAGUCUCGUAAUAUACAGUAUCAGAUAUUUUCUAACUAAACCAAAUCUUAUAUGUACCUAGUAACCACUUUGUUGUGCAUAUAUACUGUUGGAGGCUCUCUGUCUUUAUUUUUGUACUCUGUGUGUCUGUUCACACGGUUCUGUUUUGCUGCUAUCUCAGCUGGACUUUCAAGUGUUCAAAUUUGAGGAAAAGCUUCACGAGUGUAGGUCAGGAUUAUCUUUGUAAGACGUGUCUAUAAAACAUCAACUUGCUCUGAAUUUGAAUGCUGUAAUCUUCUGUGAUCGAGGAUCAAUCACAUUCGACCAGGUGACCACAGGUUUUACUUUGCUUGAUACUUGACAGGAAUCUCAUAAUAUAAUAUCUCUCCCAGUGAUUCCCAUCAAUUGUAAAUGUGACUUUUUUUUUGAGGCUCACAAAAAAAGACAAACAACUACAAACUGCCAACAAAGUGUCUUACAUAUGAGUUUUUUUAUUGAGUAAUUGUCACAUUUUGCAAACAGAGUUUGAAAAAGCCCUAAAAGUGACUUGGUCCCUUAGUUGAAAAAGAAAGAAUUGCCCUUCAGAUUUCUGUUGUGUGUAAUCGAGUUACCAAAUCCUGAAUAUUUACCAGAGAUGUGACUGGAAACGGAGGCUGCGGGAUCAGUUAACAGCACACAGGUGCACCUCAGAAUAUUUAAUUAUCAUGAAAAUGUUUAGCAUUUUCGGGUAUUUCUGCUCUCAUGGGAGCACUGAACUCUUCCUUUGUAUUUUAAGAGUCUGUGAUGCACCUGUAGGCUGCGAUGAGGUUUCUGCAGCGUUGGAGGUGACCUUCUGUUUCAGUCCAGACUGUUAUGCGAUCGUGCUUCGUAUCCGACAGGUGCAGCUGUUUCCAAAUAACCUCCAUCCCGGGUUCAGUGAGGAAAGCAACCAAUUAAAAAGAAAGCAGAGUGAUGCAUAGAUCAGUUGUACGCAGCCGUUUCUUUCCUGGAGAAAGCAUUCAUGUGUGUUUUUGUUGUUUUGUUUGCCUAAAAUGAAAAGUAAUUGACAUAUCUGAGUAUUGAUUAAAUACACGGCUGGACUGGGGUGAGUCUGUCUGAAUGUCUGACAAAAGCAUUUAUCAAAUCUUAUGUGAAUCAUAGUUUUGAACUUAUUUUUGAUAUGAUGGUAUUUAGUAUAUCUUGAGUAGACUCUCGUCUAUUUUGUGUGUUUUUCCUGAAAACUGUAAAUGUAUGCUUGUUCCAGUAUUCUGUCAGUUUUCUUGAGUUUGUAUUUGACAGAACGGGCCGGCUUCAGGAAAAAAGAAAAUCUCCAGCUGCGUGUGGAAUCGUGGAAAAAAAAACCUUGCUCAUCCACAGACGCUAACUGUGGACUUUUAUUUCAACUGAAUCCUCUGCGACUGCGAGUAAAAUCAAAGCAGUAGCAAUUUCCUUCAUUCCACAUUUAAAUGGAGAAGAAGGUUUAAUGUUGAGCCGGUUUAUGGAGAACGCGACCCCCGCUCGGUUCCUCACACAGAUGUUCCUUGCGCCCACGUCUGUCUCCUCAGUUUCCAUUACUUUGAAAAACACUACUGAAAUAAAAAAAACGGCUUUCUUUGAAGUCUAAACAUC